UUGCUUUAUGGAAAGAAACACCAUGAACACUCCACUACGGAUGUUUGUUCUUCUGACUCUACCCUGCUACAGCGCACAUGGGCAGGUCAAUCCUUUUGGAAUUCCAGUCUCCCUCCAUGCUGGGAAGUUCUACGGCACGGCUCCCAGAGAUCACAUCUGCGGCGGGGUUAAUUAUAGAGAUCUAGAUUUCACCUGCUGUGAAGGAGUACGUCAUGAAGGGGCGGGGCUGUCCUGCUGUGGAAACAGGGUCUUUAACCUCACCCAGGCUUCCUGUUGUAAAGGUCAGUUAACUCUGAAUGUGAGCCAGCUGGUGUCAGAUUGCUGUGGGUGUAGGCCCUACGACCCACUCAACCAGCUGUGUUGUGACUCACGGAUCCUAACCAGGACCCAACCUCAUGCCAAGUGUUGUGGAAAAGAGCUUUACGAUGAAGACCACCAGCUUUGCUGUGGAAAUGUUUUGAAAGGAAGGAAGGUCCUGGCCAAAAUGUCCAGUCACCACCGAUGCUGUGGAGACCACCAGUUUGACCAGCAAAGCCACUGCUGCUGCUCUGAAACACUAUCCCCAGAGCCUCUCAAUGCAAGCUGCUGUGCAUCAUCAAGUUAUAAUCACAGGGGAAUUGACGCGAGUUCUCCAAACUGUAUGCCAGGGGAGAGGCCCGAGGGUUGCUGUGUGAACCAUACAUCCUGCCAGGGGCAUCCUCACGCCCACCUCCAGAACUCUGCGGAAACACGCAGCCACACCCCAGGUCUCCACGAUGUUGCUGGCUGUGGCUCUCAGGUUUACAAUCCAGACAAGAAGACCUGCUGUGACGGGAAGCUGUCCAAUAGGGUGCUCGGAAAAAACCUGUGCUGCGGUAAAACUCCCUAUGCUGUAGAGGACCGACGGGUGCUGUGCUGUAACCAGACGUUGUACCUUGGGGUGGAGGCUGGGCACCAGUGCUCCCCAGGUGGCCACUUGUAUCUGCCAUCCCGUGAAAUUGUGUGUGAGUCACGCGUUCAUCUCAACGAUCUAGGCAAACACUGCUGUGGAGAAGAGACCUACGACCCUCAGGAUGAAAUCUGCUGCAGCGGACACAAACACCGCAGGUUGGGGAACAUGUCCUGCUGCGGAGGGAAGGCCUACGACCCCAGCAGUGGCCAGAUGAAGUGCUGUGCAGAUACUCUGUACAACCUGCAGGUUCAGGACAGGCUAUCAGAGGAUGCCCAGUGCUGUGGGAAUAUCCUGAUGGAGGCCGGCUCCACCUGCUGCUCCGCCCCAGGACUAGACCUGCUCUACCCUACCCAGCCAGGGUUCACCUGCUGUGGGCACCGCUACCCCAACUCCUCCCUGUGGUCUUGCUGUGCGGGCGUCCUGCACCCAAGGACUGAACGAAACACCACCAGCAUGAACAUGAUUCCAGGACUUAGGAUUCUACCACUGGGGGACCUGAAGACGGAAAAGUUGUGUGACAACAAAGUUCUGCUAGGGACAGUGGAGAGUGUGUCUGUGAAGAAGAAUACGCGAUCCAUCGUGAUGGGGAACGUCAUGUCCAUGCAGGCCUGGCGUGGCCAUGUCAACGCUCUGCCUUCCCCUCACUACCUCACAUUACCCGACCACUGCAGCUCUCCUGAAUUGGUGCCAGGCAACACUUACCUCUGGGUGAAAACAAGACAUUUCUCAGACACCAUAAACGUAAUCUCUGAUCUCAGCGACCAUCCCUCCCCUCUCCAUUCCAUCCUCUCCAGGUGCUCAAAAUGAUACAUUUAACCAUGUUGAGGGUAUACAGUGUUUGUUUAUAAAUAAUGGCACAAAAAAGCAGUAACAUUUUACUUGACACCCAGUGACACAGUCAUGUCCAUUUCAUAAUAUGUCAUAACAGCUGACAACCUGUCAUAACGUUUAUGAUAUGGUCAUAACACUGUCAUGACAUUUAUUUAAACUUGUUGUGAUGUAUAUUGAGUUAUUUUAUCGCUGGUUAUGACACCUACAUAAGAGUGUAAAAACACACAAAGCCUACUACGGUAGUUAUUUUAUCGCUGGUUAUGACACCUACAUAAGAGCGUAAAAACACACAAAGCCUACUACGGUAGUUAUUUUAUCGCUGGUUAUGACACCUACAUAAGAGUGUAAAAACACACAAAGCCUACUACGGUAGUUAUUUUAUGGCUUACGACACCAACAUAAGAGCGUAAAAACUCACAAAACCUACUACGGUAGUUAUUUUAUGGCUGGUUAUGGCACCUACAUAAGAGUGUCAAAACCAACAAAACCUACCACACCAGACAAAACAUUCCAUUACACCAUAGCCUACAUGUCAACAGUAUGUUUAUGCUAAUAUAUAUAUGCAGACACACGCAUGUAUAUGCACACACUGUAUAUAUAUUUUUUGAAUUGACCAUAUUAAAUUAUCAUUGUGAUUAUGCACACAUUGAUGACACACACAUGCCCAUACCCCAAUGCUCUGUUGCUGAUGACUGGGAUGAAUGUAGGAGCAGAUUUCAAGAGCAGGACAAGGCACCCUCUUUUUUUUGACUGACAUAAGGGCAUGUAAAGCAUAUCUGGCUUAUAUAAUUAUGAUGAUCAUAAUGCUUCUUGACAUGGUCGUUAAAGUGAAUUUCAAAUAAUAGAAUUCAUAACAACAACAAAGGGUGUAAGAAACCGACUUUCAAACCAAAGGAAAUUGCACUCUUAUUUCGGUGUCAUUGUCAGCCAUAGAAUAACGCUCCCUACAGUAUGCCACAACAGGUAUAAAUGUAUGGGUCAUGACAGUGUUAUUACCAUAUGACACUGGGUGGCAAGUGAAGUUUGAGCAAAAAGCUUCUAUUUUUGGUUCUGAUGGGGUAGGACAGUUGAACUAAGCAAAUGAGGCAUGCGUCAUAUUCUUCGAGAAACAAUUUGUAUGUCAUUCAUUUAAAAGUCCAAAAAUGUAUGUACAGUAGCUAUCACAGAUUGCCCCUUUUAUGUCAUCAAUAGAUGUUUAAGUUAUUUUUUGAUUUGCUUACAAAAAUCGACCACCGUUUAUGGUCUCUCAAGGAGUCAUGUCUCAGGAUAAGCCAUAUUUUAUGAUGUUUGUCUGGGUGGUGUUUUCUGUUUAUGACGAAAGUUCCUUUAAUGUUAAUGCAAUUGUAUUGUCUUUGAUUCCCUCCAAUUCCAUACCGAAGCUAUUUUUUAAUUGAAAGUUAACUUGUUCUACGUGACACUAACAGCGUAGGAGUAAACCUGUCUGUGAAGUGAUUUGUGGUGGUGGUGGUGGCCCACUCCUACAAGCCUCUGAGACUCGUUCCACCAAUGCAAUAACAUCCCAGGGCACUGGGUCAAU